AUGGAUAUAGCAACAGGUCCCGAAUCGCUGGAGAGGUGCUUCCCCCGCGGGCAGACGGACUGCGCUAAGAUGUUGGAUGGCAUCAAGAUGGAGGAGCACGCCCUGCGCCCCGGGCCCGCCACUCUGGGGGUGCUGCUGGGCUCCGACUGCCCGCAUCCCGCCGUCUGCGAGGGCUGCCAGCGGCCCAUCUCCGACCGCUUCCUGAUGCGAGUCAACGAGUCGUCCUGGCACGAGGAGUGUUUGCAGUGCGCGGCGUGUCAGCAAGCCCUCACCACCAGCUGCUACUUCCGGGAUCGGAAACUAUACUGCAAACAAGACUACCAACAGCUCUUCGCGGCCAAGUGCAGCGGCUGCAUGGAGAAGAUCGCCCCCACGGAGUUUGUGAUGCGGGCGCUGGAGUGCGUGUACCACCUGGGCUGCUUCUGCUGCUGCGUGUGUGAGCGGCAGCUACGCAAGGGCGACGAGUUUGUGCUCAAGGAGGGCCAGCUACUGUGCAAGGGUGACUACGAGAAGGAGAAGGACCUGCUCAGCUCCGUGAGCCCCGACGAGUCCGACUCCGUGAAGAGCGAGGACGAAGAUGGGGACAUGAAGCCGGCCAAGGGACAGGGCAGCCAGAGCAAGGGCAGUGGGGACGACGGGAAGGACCCGCGGAGGCCCAAACGACCCCGGACCAUCCUCACGACGCAGCAGCGAAGAGCCUUCAAGGCCUCCUUUGAGGUCUCCUCCAAGCCCUGCCGGAAGGUCCGAGAGACGCUGGCGGCAGAGACGGGCCUCAGCGUGCGUGUGGUCCAGGUCUGGUUUCAGAACCAAAGAGCAAAGAUGAAGAAGCUGGCACGGCGGCACCAGCAGCAACAAGAGCAGCAGAACUCCCAGCGGCUGGGCCAAGAGGUCCUGUCGAGUCGCAUGGAGGGCAUGAUGGCCUCCUACACGCCGCUGGCCCCACCACAGCAGCAGAUCGUGGCCAUGGAGCAGAGCCCCUACGGCAGCAGCGACCCCUUCCAGCAGGGCCUCACGCCGCCCCAAAUGCCAGGUGACCACAUGAACCCCUAUGGGAACGACUCCAUCUUCCACGACAUCGACAGUGAUACCUCCUUAACCAGCCUCAGCGACUGCUUCCUCGGCUCCUCGGAUGUGGGCUCCCUGCAGGCCCGCGUGGGGAACCCCAUCGACAGGCUCUACUCCAUGCAGAGUUCCUACUUCGCCUCCUGAGAGCCAGCCGGGCCGCAUGGACGCUUGGGCAAGGGCCCUGGGGUGGGACUGCGGGCCGCAGAGGCUGCCCCACCACCCGCACAGACUCUACAGACAGCCAUACGGUGCCCUCCCCUCGGCCAACUGGGCCUGGCUAAAGUGCCCACUGGGCACAGCCAGACAGGCAGACGGGCACAGCCUGGGCAGGGGCUGUGUCCUGCCCACAGAGACUGUCACCCGCAGGGACCCAGAG